GGUCCACGUUCUGUAUCAAACGCUACUUCGAACACCUCUUUGGCAUUAACAGGAUGUCGUUUAACCAGCAACGUGAAUGCUAAACCAAUCCGCUGGACUGGUCCCCACCUGAAGCCAGCCACAGGGUCAGGACUGUCGGCUCGGAAGGAAGCCCGUCUUUCCACCGUCCCUGGCCCUUCCCGCAGCAGCUCGGUCAAGUGGACCAUGCAGCUAUAUGCAGGAAAAUAAUUUCUCACUCUGCCCUGGCUGGGUGGCUCAGUUGGAAAGAGCAUCAUCCUGUGCACUGAACAGUUGCGAGUUCGAUCCCUGGUCAGGUCACGUGCCGAAGGAAACCGGGCAGCCUGAAGAUGGCUAAUUACACAUUGGCACCAGACGGAGAUGAUUAUGACGUCCUCAUCGAGGGCGACCUGAAUAACAGUGACACAGAACAAUGUCCCCAGUAUGACGCCAACGUCCUCCUGGCCCAGCUGGUGCCUCAGCUCUACACCACCGUGUUCCUGGUUGGUCUCCUGGACAACUCCUUGGCUGUGCUUAUCCUGGUGAAAUACAAAAGGCUCCAGUACGUGGAAAAUAUCUAUCUCCUAAACUUGGGAGUUUCUAAUUUGUGUUUCUUGCUUACCUUACCGUUCUGGGCUCACGCUGCCUCCCACGGCGGGAUUCUGGGCCAUCCCAUGUGUACAAUUCUCGUGACAAUGUCCUCCGUGGGCCUACACGGCGAAGCAUUUUUCAAUGCCCUUCUGACUCUGCAGAGCUACCUGGUGCUUUUCCACGGGAGAAAGUUUGCAUCUGCUGCCAAGAAGGUGUCCUGUGGCAUCAUUGUGAGUGUCCUGGCGUGGGGGACGGGCGUUCUGGUCACUCUGCCUGAACUCCUGUUUCACAGCUCUCACGCGGGAACCCAGCAAUACAGGUGCUUCUUGAGCAGGCCUCAUUUCCUGCCCGGUGAGGGCUCUUCCUGGGAGCUUUCCCUGACCUUAAAGGCGAACCUUGUGGUACUUCUCCUCCCACUGUUGGUUUUGAUAGUUUGCUUUGCGCUCUUCAUGCGAAUGAGAAAAACACAGAGGUCCAGGGACAGGAAGUGUGACCUUGUCAAGCUUGUUUCCGCCAUAAUGGUUGUUUUCCUUCUGAUGUGGGGACCCUACAAUAUUACACUUUUCCUGUCUACUUUCAAGAAAUCCUUCUCCCUGAGUGACUGCAGGAGCAGCUACAACGUGGACAGAAGCGUUCAGGUGACGAGAGUCAUCGCCAGCAUCCACUGCUGCGUCAACCCACUCCUCUAUGUGCUUCUGGACGAGGAAUUUCGGAAGCACCUGUGCCGCCUUUGCCGCCGGUGCGGUGACACUCCGCCUCGACCUCCCGUAGGCCCUGCGCACGAUACACCGUGGGAAGAGCGCGAACACUCCACGCAUAUGUAA